CCCAACGGCCGCCGCGGGACGAUUCGAACACGGCGGCGGAGCGCGCGGCGCGGGACUGCGGUCGGAAUCGGCGCGGCCUCAGGGAGAGGGAGGGCUUCUGUGUGGGUAGGCGGGCGUGUUUGGGAACGCGACCCCUGGGUCUAUGAAGAUUUCCUUCUGUGGAAGCGUUAGCAAGGAGGAACAAGACCACAAUGAAACGUGAAGCAUUUUUACAAGCUGUGUCUAAACAGUCAGUUGAGGACUUCUUGCGUUUUACUCAAAUAUCUAAAGAUACAUUUGAUCCUUUCAACCUGAAUGAAUUACUUCAAGAAUUGUCAAGAAAACAAAAAGAAGUACUAUGGGAGAGACUGAGACACCUAUUGAAAGAGACCUUGAUGGAGAAACCUGUGGAAACAUGGCAAAGGGUAGAAGAUGCUGAUAAUAAUGAUGGCAUGGAAGUUGAGAGUGCUCCAGAAAUGAAACAAACUGUAGCUGUGAUCCAAGGAGUGACAGCUGUAGUUACUGCUUCCAUACCCGUAGUGGAUGAAACUGUGAACUACAAAGCUCUUCUAGAAUGUGCCUUUAUAUUAAAUGGUAUUGUUCCUGCAUUACCUGAAUCUGAAAAUAUUCUACGGAGUGCCAUCCAGCGUGUAUGUGAAAUGUGGUGGGAGAAAGGACUGGAAGGAAAGGAGCAGCUCGGGAAAACAGUAUUUAUUUUACUGCUGAGAAAAAGUCUGAGUAAAGCUGCUACGGGCGUAGACAUCGUUUGUCUGUGGAAACUACAUCAGACCUUACUUUGUUUUGAUUAUGAUUCAGAGGACAGUAAUGAAAUCAAAGACCUGUUACUUCAGUGUUUUAUGAGCGUAAAGCACAUCAAAAAAGAAGAGGGAAGAAGAAUUUUGAGCUUUUUCUUCAGCUGGAAUGUCAACUUCAUUAAAAUGAUACAUGGAACUGUUAAGAACCAAUUACAGUUUUUUCCAAGAUCCUUGAUGGAAUACAUUUCAGAAAUUUACUUCAGAGCAUGGAAGAAGGUGUCAGGAGAAGCUUUAGAGAUACUUGAACACAGUUGUAUUCAGGAUUUCAUGCACCAUGGAAUUCAUCUUCCCAGAAGUUCUUCUGUUUAUUCUAAAGUUAGAGAGAUGCUGAGUUAUUUUCACAAACAAAGUAAAGUUCGUCAAGGAGUUGAAGAAAUGCUCUAUCGGUUGUAUAAACCCAUCCUUUGGAGAGCACUAAAGGCAAGAAACUCAGAAGUUCGAUCAAAUGCAGCAUUUUUGUUUAUUGAUGCUUUUCCUAUUCGUGAUCCUAGUUUUAACACUGAAGAAAUGGAUGCUGAAAUUCAGAAACAGUUUGAAGAACUUUUUAGCCUCUUGGAAGAUCCUCAUCCAGUUGUCCGCUCCACAGGGAUACUUGGAGUUAGUCAGAUAACAUCCAAAUACUGGGAGAUGAUUCCUCCAACAGUUAUUGCUGAUCUUUUAAAAAAGCUAAUUGAAGAGCUGGCGUGUGAUGUAACAUCUGCUGAUGUUCGUUGCUCUGUUUUUAAAUGUCUACCGAUAACUUUGGACAACAAAUUAAGUCAUCCAUUACUGGAGCAGCUCCUGCCAACGGUUAAACACAGCCUUCAUGACAAUUCAGAGAAAGUGCGAGUGGCUUUUGUAGAUAUGCUGCUGAAAAUAAAAGCUACGAAGGCAGCAAAGUUCUGGAAGAUCUGUCCCAUGGAGCACCUUCUGGCUCGCCUGGAGGUUGAUUCGCGGCCCGUGUCGCGGCGCAUUGUCAAUCUCUUAUUCAACUCCUUCCUACCCGUGAACCAGCCUGAGGAUGUGUGGUGUGAGCGCUGUGUUACUUUGAUCCAGAUGAAUUCAGCAGCAGCUAGAAAGUUCUAUCAGUAUGCUUAUGAGUAUACUGCUCCCACCAAUAUAGCUAAAUUGAUGCUAACUAUUCGACGCUGCUUGAAUGCCUGCAUCCAGAAAGCAGUGAAAGAGAGUUUUGAUGAUGAUGGUGAAGAUGAAGGUGAAAAGGAGAACCUAAGUGUGUUGAAUGAUGUGUUAUCAAUAAAUGACGUGGCCAGCAUGGCGAGUUUAUUGGAGAUUACAGUGAUUCUCUGGAGAAGUAUUCACAAAGCAUUGGAUCACAAUGAAGACGCCAAAGAUUACACCAUCAGAAAAUUUGCUUCUGUACUUCCUGAGUAUUUAAAAGUAUUUAAGGAUGACCGUUGCAUAACUCCAUUGGUUAUUCUGGCAUCCUUUAUGCCCCCUGCUGCUAUUCCUACUUUCAGCUGCGGUGUGAUCUCCAAACUCAGAAACAUUGACAGUGGAGCUGACCAAAGCAAAUACUCUACCCUGAUAGACUGUAUGUGUCGCUGGGGUCAAGUGGGUCAUGUGUUGGAACUGGCCUGUGACUGGCUGUCAGACAUGCUAACCCCACGAAAGAAUGUUAAAACAUCGGAACGGCGAGUACGUAUCCAUGUGACACAGGAAUCGAAGCCAGAAUUAGCACUUGAUUACAUUGAAUAUUUAUUGACUCAUCCUGUUAAUCGUGGUUGCCUACUCUCUGUUCCUAAGAAGAAACUGAACCAUCUUCUGAAAGUUCUCAGUGCUGCUAAGGAAAUUCUUGGCUCAGUUCUGAAAACAGCUGAUACAAAUCGUGGUAGCUGCAAUCAAGGAACUGGCUUAAGAGCCUUCAGCCUGUGUUGCAGGUUGAGUAUUCAUCUUCAGAACAAGUUUUCUGAAGAAGGAAAAGAUUAUCUGUCACAUCUGCAGGAGACAGGGGCUUGGGUAGAAAGUCACGUUUUACCUUUUAUACUAGCAACUGAACAAGAGGAUGGAAUUUCAAAACAGAGUAAUGUUCCUGAAUUAAUUAUCCAGGCCUAUCUGUCAGUCUGCAAAGAUGUCAUAAUGGUUGGUCUCGGAAAUGCCAAGUUUCAACUGUACUUCUUAGAUGUGGCACUGUCAGUUAUGCAAACAGCCAGGGGUGCCUUUUGUGCGCCAUUGCUGUUGUGUGCGCUAAAAGAAAUUACUGAAGCUUCUCUGACGCAGAGCACUGAGGUGGAUGAAGUAGCCAACGUCCUCCAUGCUGUACAGAGCAUCUUCCAGAAGGUUUUAGAAUGUGUUGCAAGCAGAAUCAAGGAACAGCAUGGAGAAGGGAUUCAGUUGAUUCAGUCUGUCCAAACACCUCUUGGAGAUUUCUUACAUGCAGUCCAAUGCUGGCAUUCACUUUGCCCAGCAGUUCACCAGAGUGUGUUCUCCACUCUCCUGGCUGCAGUACUGGCAGAGAUCAAGUAUGCGCUACAGGAGGCUUCCAGUGAAAAAGCUUUCACUAUACCAAGGACAGUUUCAGACCUUCCGCCUCUUUCAAGCAGCUUAAUGGCAAUAAUUAUGAAGUCUGUUAAUGUGGUCAGGUCAUUUUUAAAUGAAUUACUGGAAUGCAUUCUAUCUGAAGAAAUUGAAGGGAUUUUUAGUCUUACAUCUGUGGUCUGCACUGUGAUUGUAAUUAAAGGUAAGCACAAAACAUCACUUGUAAAAGAUGUUGCAUCUGUCAUUCAGAGAAAACUUACAACCUACAAGGAAGCUGCCACAGAAGAAUCUAGCAGUACUGAAAGAAUUCUGUAUGAAUCAUCUCAGAAAAUUUUGGAUGAACUCCUGAAUCCUUGACCACAUGGAAGCUUUUGUCAUAAAAUCUGAAAGGAGAUGUAUUGUUUAAAAGAAAGUAUUAUAUUGUAUAUUUAUUAAUAGCUAAGAUUUAUUUUCUGCUAUUCUGUACAGUUAAAGCAGGCAAAAAGUAUUGAAGUGUAUAUAGAAAUCAUCUAGUAUUAAAGAUUGCCAAAGACUUUUAA